CGCAGGGGGGCAGCUGCUGCUGCUCUGCAGUCCGCCGGCACACGAUGUGAGCACUACUAUAACUUCUAUUCCUGCUUCCUUAUUUCACCUUUUUUUUUUUUACUGACGAAUACCUUCUUUUAAUUUGAAUAAACACAAUCCCAGGAUCGAUUUAAGGCAGACCUGUGGGAAUGCUUCUCUGACAGGAAAGAUCAGCAAGUGCCAGUCUAUUGCGUCAGUAGCUGUCAGGAGACAUGCGCUGGACUCUGCUGCUGAUUGUUCUGCUGCGGGAUGGACUGGCUGCUUUUCAACUGAAAGCCACAAGAUGGCCGCUGUACUCCCAGAAGCCGCUGCUGCUUGCAUGGAACGCCCCCACGGAGGACUGUUCCCCUCGCCAUCGCGUCGCCCUUCCGCUGGAGCAGUUUCAGAUCGUGGCCUCUCCCAACGAAGGCUUCGUUAAACAAAACCUCACCAUCUUCUACAAGGACCGUCUGGGUUUGUACCCCUACUUUGAGCCAGAUGAUACGCCUGUGAACGGGGGUCUCCCGCAGGUGUCCAGUCUCGCUAAGCACAUGGACAAGAUGCCGGAGGGGGUGAAGAAGUACAUACGAGAACCAGACGCCAAAGGCCUGGCGGUUAUCGACUGGGAGGAAUGGCGCCCCCUGUGGAUACGCAACUGGGAAGCCAAGGACGUUUACAGAAGACUUUCCCGCGAGCUGGUGCGCCAGAAGAACCCCACCUGGCCGCCCGAGAUGGUGUCCAAAGUGGCCCAGCAGGAGUUCGAGAUGUCGGCUAAGAAGUUCAUGCUGGAGACGCUGAAGCGGGCCAAAAGCCUAAGACCCAAUCAGCUGUGGGGAUUCUACUUGUUCCCGGACUGCUACAAUCACGACUACAGGCGCACGCUGGAGAACUAUACGGGGCGCUGCCCUGACGUGGAGGUGGCGCGAAAUGAGCAGCUCAAGUGGCUGUGGACCGAGAGCACGGCCCUCUUCCCGUCCAUCUACAUGGGCACUGUGCUGCGCUCCUUGCCGUCCGGGCGGCAGUUUGUCAGAAACCGAGUCAAGGAAGGGAUGCGCUUGGCAUCGUCCGGCGACGGGCUGGCUCGGCCCGUCUUUGUGUAUACGCGGCCGACGUACAUCAACUCUCUGGAACAGCUGACAGAGACUGAUCUGGUGUCCACCAUCGGUGAGAGCGUGGCUUUGGGAGCAGCAGGCAUCAUCCUGUGGGGAGACGUAGCCUACGCAAGCAACAAAACCACCUGCUCAGAGCUGGAUGCUUAUCUUCGGGGUCCUCUGGGCAAAUACCUCCUCAACGUCUCCACGGCAGCAGAGUUAUGCAGCCACAGUUUGUGCACUUCUCACGGGCGCUGUCUGCGGCGCGACCCGGACGCCGAUGUUUACUUGCACCUGAACCCUUUCACCCACAGCGUCCAGGCCAGCGCCGGCGGGAAGCUGAUGGUCACGGUUCAGCCCGGCCGAGCGGAAGCGACGGGUUUCGCCGACAAUUUUCAGUGUCAGUGCUACAGUGGGUUUGAGGGGGAGCGCUGUGAGAAGCAGGACCCUCAGUACCAAAAAGGAGCAGCCUAUCGGGCGUCCGCAUUGACACUGCCAGGUGUGAUCUUGCUGCUUCUUUCUGUCAGCGUGUCGCACGUGCUGUAGACUCAGGUCCGGGUCAAGUGUCUUUCAAAUGCUGUAAAAACACACAUUUGCCAACUGUGCAAGUUGGGGAAAAAAAGUUAUUAUUAUAACUUUUUCACUUACUGCUGUAACAAUGGCGUUUACAUGGUGUCAGGUUCCCUUCAUCAGAAACAGGAUGUUUAUUGAGGGAAAUGUAACGAAUGAGUGCCUGGAUGACGGUUGCCAAGCGACCACAACGGUUAAAAACAUCCUAUGAUCUGAAAUUUUGGAUAGAUUUUUUUAUGAAGGCCUUGGCAGUAUUUAUUUGAAUGUAUUUUUCCAUGCCUAAAACAUGACGACUACUACUUUACCACUCCUGUAAAUUGUACUCUGUGGCUCCAUUUAUUCAUAAGAGAAACUGCAUACUUUAUCUGCAACCACAACAGAUGUAAAGGUGUCCCUUUUAUAAAUACAUGAUUUUACAUGA